AAAAGCAGGGACAUCACUAUAAAUUAAAUCAAGUCAGCAAUCGUUUUGGUGACGAAGACCAGAAGGUUUUCCAAAUCUUUCAAAGCCCAACCACUGAACCACAGAUGGCCACGCCAUUACUCCUCCUCCUGAUCCUCUCCUCAUUCCACCCCGCCCAAUCACACCCCGCCACCUCACCCAAAUUCCAGCUCCCACUCUCCAUUCACCCCCACCCAAUCACCCUCUCCGUCAGGGACUUCGGGGCCAUCGGCGACGGCGUCCACUACGACACGACCGCCAUCCAAUCGGCCAUCGACAGCUGCGCCUGCACCCCAUGCCGCGUCACCUUCCCGCCCGGCAAGUACCUGACGGCCACGAUCUUCCUGAGAUCCGGCGUCGUUCUGGAAGUCCGAGAAGGCGCCACGCUCCUGGGUGGCAAGAGAAUGGAGGACUACCCUCGGGAGGCGUGGAGAUGGUAUGUGGUGGUGGCGGAGAACGCGAGUGACGUUGGGAUCACGGGCGGUGGAGUGGUGGAUGGCCAAGGGCUGGAGUUCGUGGAGAGGUUCGACGAGAGGAAGAACGUGAUGGUCAGCUGGAACCGGACCGGGGCUUGUCUUGGGGACGAGUGCAGGCCCAGGCUGGUUGGCUUCCUUGGCUGCACCAACGUCAGGGUUUGGAACGUCACGCUCAGAGAGCCGGCCUAUUGGUGCUUGCACGUAGUAAGGUGUGAAAACACGUCUAUUCAUGACGUUUCAAUUUAUGGGAACUUUAAUACACCUAACAAUGAUGGAAUGGAUAUAGAGGAUUCAAAUAAUACAGUCAUUACAAGGUGCCACAUCGAUACAGGAGACGAUGCUAUCUGUCCAAAGACAUACACUUCCCCCCUUUAUAACUUGACAGCGACCGACUGUUGGAUUCGAACAAAAUCUUCAGCAAUCAAACUUGGUAGUGCUAGCUUGUUCGAUUUCAAGGGUCUGGUUUUUGACAAUAUCGCAAUUGUAGAGUCCCACAGAGGGCUGGCAUUGCAGAUACGUGAUGGAGGAAAUGUAAGCGACAUUACCUUCUCAAAUAUAAAUAUAAGCACAAGAUACUAUGAUCCAUCAUGGUGGGGAAGAGCGGAGCCUAUAUAUGUGACAACCUGCCCAAGAGACACUACUUCAAAGGAGGGUUCAAUCUCUAAUCUAGUUUUCAUAAACAUCACGGCAACUUCUGAAAAUGGUGUCUUCUUGUCGGGUUCUAAACAUGGGCUACUAAGCAAUCUGAGAUUCACAAAUGUGAACUUCACUUACAGAAGAUGGACAAAAUAUGCUGAUGGAUUGAUAGAUUACAGACCAGGAUGCCAGGGACUUGUUCAUCACAGCACUGCUGGGAUCAUCAUGGAACACAUUGAAGGUUUGGAGGUUGAAAAUGUUAACAUGAGAUGGUCCAACGACCGAUCACGGCAUUGGAAUACUCCUCUUGAUUUCAGGCCUUCGACUGUGAAUAACAUUUCUUUGUUUAAUUUUCGCUCAGGUUUGUACAGACAGUAAAGAGCCUAUAUUUGCUUACUGUAUUCUUUUGAUGGGAAAGAAUGGAGCUGGACGAGUAUUUUUUCCAUGAAAAUGUUCCAAUGGGGGGUGCACAUCUUUAUUGAAAAUGACUUGUAGGAUCAACUCUAAGAUGUAUGAUAAAUAAAGAAUACCCAAUGUUUUCUGUGAA